CUGGAGAGCAGUCGCUGUUCCAGCGCGUGAGGAGCGGACGGCUGUUUCCCGCACAAAGAUGAGACGUAGCCCGCAAUACGUGAAGCUUUAAAGCCGCAGAAGUCAGCGGUUCGUUUGUAACUAACACCGGCCCCCGUCCCACAACACUAGCUCGCCCUCGCCCCCCCCCACAGAGAGCGAGGAUGUUGGUCCCCGCGGGAAGAUGAUGAAGAGGCUGCGCGUUGUGUUGGUGUGCCUCAUCGUAGCUCUCCUGUGCGGGUACCCCGGUCAAUAUGUGUCUUGUUCAGGGCCUGGUCCUUUGGGGGGGGGCGGAGACCCCGAGGGCCCAAGGCAGGAGCAGGACGAGGCGUUGGAAGACCCGAGUACACACACCUCCUGUGGCCUGGAGACGGAGAGAGCAGCGCCAGAGGAGCACCUCCAUCAGACUGUGAAUCUUCAGGCCCCCGAGCCGGACCCAGAGCCUGACCCGGUACCUGUUGCCCCAGAGCAGGAACCCUCCCCGGGCCCCCGGGCCGACGUGGACCCGCAGCCAGCCGACCCACAGGACCAUGAGCGGGACCAGGAAGCCCCCGAGCCCCCCCCUCCAGAGCCGGUUCCAGCACAGGGCCAAGUGGAGACGGUCCUCGGGGGCCCGCCAGCUCAACCCGGGCCGGACCCCAACGACGCCGACAACACGCCUACCUCAGCGAGCGCCGGACCCCCCCACACAGGCGCGCUGCGGGUUGCCAGUGCAGGACAUGAACUCCCAGCAGACAUCUUUGUCUCUGCUGAGCACUCUGGUGCACAGUGCGGGGUCGUUCCCCCCGACCUGGCAACCUGUGAAAACUCCCCUUUUGGCAGGCCUCUCUUCAGUGUGGAUGAGGCCGGCCUGGAGGACCCCAGUCCCAAAGCAGAGGACCACGUGGACCAGGAGCAGCAGCUGCAGGACCAGCUGCCUGAUUUGGAGCAGGAGGGAAGCGCUGAUCAAGGCCAGCAGGGCGAUGCUACCACAGAGGACCCCUCAGUCCCCAGCAAAGAAGACAUCCCCACCUUCGACGAGUGGAAGAAACAAGUCAUGGAGGUGGAGAAGGAGAAGAGUCAGUCUCUCCACACCUCGAGCAGCGGCAGCCUCCACCCGGCCAAGAAGGUCCAGAAGAACUUCAAGAAUAACUACGCCUCUGUGGAGUGUGGAGCCAAGAUGCUCGCCGCCAACACCGAGGCCAAGAGCACUGCAGCUAUUCUCAUGGAGAACAUGGACCUCUACAUGUUGAAUCCCUGCAGCAACAAAAUCUGGUUUGUGAUUGAGCUCUGUGAGCCCAUCCAAGUCAAGCAGCUGGACAUCGCUAACUUCGAGCUCUUCUCCUCUACGCCCAAAGACUUCCUGGUGUCCAUCAGUGACAGGUACCCCACCAACAAGUGGGUGAAGCUGGGCACCUUUCACGCCCGGGACGAGCGCAUCGUGCAGAGCUUCCCACUGGACGAGCAGCUCUACGCCAAAUAUGUGAAGAUGUUCAUCAAGUACAUAAAGGUGGAACUGCUCUCCCACUUCGGAUCGGAGCACUUCUGUCCGCUCAGUCUCAUCAGGGUGUUUGGUACCAGCAUGGUGGAGGAGUACGAGGAGAUCUCAGACUCCCAGUACCCUUCAGAGAGGCUGGAGUACCUGGAUGAAGACUACGAUUAUCCUCCUGGAUUCCAACUAUCAGAGGACAAGGCCUCCAAGAACCUGCUGGGCUCAGCAACCAAUGCCAUUCUGAACAUGGUGAACAACAUCCUGGGAGGCAAAGCGGAGCUGGAAGGAGGAGCGGAGCUGGGAGGAGAUGGUCCCUCGUGUGUCGGUAACGCCACAGCAGGGGGGCAGGAGGAGCGCCCAGAAGGUCCUGAAGCCCCCGACCCGUCCUCAGAACCGGAGGCGGGACUUCCUGUGGCUGCAGAGGACCCCCCCGAGCCCCCCCCCUCCUCGCCCGACUCCCCGGUGGACAGAAAGAUCGUCACGCUGGUGGAGGAGGACGAGGAGGACGAAGAGCCCCGACAGUCCACAGUCACGCUGAUGGAGGGGGAGGAGGAGGAGGAGGAGGAGGAGGAGAGAGAGGAGGCAGACCAGAACCAGUGGGGGAGCCGGACCUCCUGCCCCUCCCCCUCCUCUCCCCCCUCCCCCCCCCUGUCUCUGUCCUGCAUGGCCACGCUGCCGGAGCUGCUGCACCGCUGGUGCUGCGCCCGUCUGGCCCGGCUGCGCCUCCGCCGCAGGCAGCUGGGCCCCCGGAGCCGCCCCCCCCCCCCUCCAGAAGGGGCGGACCAGCCGCCAACGAGCGCCGACCCGGUUCCCCCGCCCCUCACCGAAGCCCCCCCCCCGGCAGAGCCGGCUCAGGAGCUGCCGCUUGAGGGGCAGGACGAGGGGGGGGGGGCCUCAGGCGAGGCGCAGACCACCGAUGCCCCCCCCACGACCCCCCCACACUCCCCAGAGCUCAACGACCUCCUUGAGCCCAGCAGGACGGCGGCUCUCCCCCCUCGCAGCUUCUCGGGCGACCACGGCUCCCUGGCGUCCUCCACCCCCUCCCACGAGGAGAAGCCCCCCCCCCCCGUCGAAGACGCCCCCGCCCCCACGCCCCCCCUCCUGGCCGUCACCGCCCCGGAGACGCAGCAGGGCAGCGCCGCCACCAUGGAGCUGACCAGCUCCUCGCCCCCCCUCGCUGUGGCCUCUGAGACGGCCUCCCCCGACCCUGUGGCCCCCCCCCUCGAGGACCGGCUUGUUCAGUCUCUUCCCACCGCCUUGAAGCCCGAGGACCUCAACCCCCCCCCCACCGAACUGCCGACCGACGCUCACACAGACUCUGGUGGGGAGGUUGUCCCGCCCCCCCACCAUCAGAGGGAGGGGGACCCAUUCUCCCACGUAGGAGACCCCCCCCAGGGGGAGGACGGCGUAGACGAGGACCUGCUGGGGGCCAACGCCCACCGGGCGGCCACGGACUUCUACGCGGAGCUGCAGAAUGGGGGGGGGGUGAUGGGGGCCGGGGGGGCCGGGAUGGGGGCCGGGGGGGGGGUACAUGGCUCGAGCCAGAAGGAGAGCGUCUUCAUGAGGCUCAACAACAGGAUCAAAGCCCUGGAGAUGAACAUGAGUCUGUCCAGCAGAUACCUGGAGGAGCUCAGCCAGAGAUACCGUAAACAGAUGGAGGAGAUGCAGAGGGCCUUCAACAAGACCGUCAUCAAACUCCAGAACACCUCCCGCAUCGCAGAGGAGCAGGACCAGAAGCAGACCGAGUCCAUCCAGGUCCUGCAGAGCCAGCUGGAGAACGUCACCAAGCUGAUGCUCAACCUCACGGCCACAGUGGGCCAGCUGCAGAGAGAGGUGUCGGACCGUCAGAGCUACCUGGUGGUCUCUCUGGUCCUGUGUCUGUCUCUGGGCCUCCUGCUGUGUCUGCAGUGCUGCCGCAGCUCCCCCCCCCUCGCCACCACCAUCGCUGCUGCCCUCCCCAAGAGCAACCACUACCCCAGCCCCAAGAGAUGCUUCUCCUCCUACGAUGACAUGAGCCUGAAGCGCAGGGUCACCUGCCCGCUGGUUCGCUCCAAGUCCUUCCACAUGACCACCUCAGAAGUAGGUCCUGAUGACUUGUACAUUGUAGAACCUCUAAGGUUUUCUCCAGAGAAAAAGAAAAAACGCUACAAGUCCAAGUCGUUGGACAAAGUUGAGGACCUGGAUCCUUCGGCUCAUCUGGCCAACGGGGGCCCAAGCUGCAGCGGCUUCCAGCCCUUCCUCCCGGUGCCGCCUCCCCCACCUCCGCUUCCUCCCGCCUCCUUCCCGCCCCCUCCCUCCCCCCCCUCAGAGGAGGCGUCACCGCCCGCUUGCCCCUCCAAGGAAUUCCCUUCUGAGACCAGCAGCUCGUCCACCCACUCCGAGGAGUCCUACGCAGGCCGCCUCCCCCCUCCCUCCCCCGUCCCCCCCGCCCCAGGGCUCUGCAACGGACACCCCCUGCAUUUCCUCCUCCAGCGCCCCCCCGUCAGGCCGGAGCGCCGCUCGGUGAAGCGCCGUAAGUCGCGGCAAACCGAGUUGCGGUUCCCCACCAUGCAGGGAGGGGGCGUGGCCUCUCUGCCCAGCCUGCAGCAGCUCAUGAAGGGCAACGAGGAGAUGGGCGUGGGGGCCAUCGGGGUGACGGCGGUCGGCGGGCACGUCUGAACACUUCCUGUCUCGACCCAAAGGACUACAUUUCCCAUGAGCCCCCCCUCCUCAAAGAGCUGUUUACGGUUCCGUGCCUUUGAUCUGUUCCCUUCGUAAUGCUACGAGUACGCCGUCUGAGAGGAACACUAGUGCUUGUUUUUCUACCGGAUUGAGGGAAGAGCCUGGGGGGGGGACAAAGCGGGAGGGGGGGGGCAUCGUCAACAAGUAUUAGGCUGCUCUGUGGAGAACCAACUCAUUGCCGUCAUUUCUUUCUUUACGUCCUUGUGUUUCACCUUCAAACGUCGUGGGACCACAAAGUUCAUCCUUCACCCCCCCCACACACACCCGUAACCCCCCCUCCAACGCACACACACACACACACCACCAGCUGAAUGAAGAAGCGCCUUUUCCUGCGAUGGCGCGGUUAGUGGAUCCGACCUUUGACCUCUAGUAGCUUUGGCCAGACCUGAAAAAAGCCCUGGAUCAGAACCAGAGUCUUUUAUUGUUAUUCUCUCCACCGUCGGGGGGGCGUUUCCUGUCGCAGCACGUUGGGUUUCACUUCAGUCCCACGCAGACACACACACACACGCACACACACACACACAGACACACACACACACGCACACACAAACACACACAGACACACGCACACACGCACACACACACAGACACACACACACACGCACACACACACACACAGACACACACACACAGACACACACACACGCACACACACACACACACACACAGACACACACACACACACACCUGGGAUCCUGCAGCCGAGUCUGAUGGACCUGAUUUUUAUUUAUCUAUUUAUUUAUUUAAACGACUACAGAUUAUUUGAACCCAAUGGUCCUGCAGGUCGUCGCUGUUGUAGAAAUGUCUCAAAGACGCACUGGACUGCACUUUGUUUAUUUCGGUGACAUGGUCCAGUCUUUUUAGCGGAUGGCGUAGCGUGGGCUGGGAGGAGGUCAGAGGUCGUCGUUGUUGUUGUUUUUAAACCAUAGAAGGUGUUUCUGAGUGGUGACGCGUCGCUUUUAUCUGACACACAACUUUAAACACUCGGGUGCUUCUUGUGUUCGUCUGUGCGUCCUCUUCGUCAUCACGCUGCUCCUCCUCCUCCUCCUCCUCUUUGACUCCAGUGGAUUAAAGGGAACCCGGAGGACCAUGAACAUUAUUACCAAGGUGGUUCUGCUCGUUCCACACGGCGAGCUUAUCAUGAGAUGUGUGUGAGAGACAGAAUGACUACUUUGAAUCUACUUAUCACGUAACACGGCGUCUUAGUGUGCACUUUCAAUGACUCCUCAUGCCUUUUGUUUUUCUACCUUAUAUGUGAAGCUCUCUCCCUCUUUUUGUCCCUCUCUCUGUGAUUAACUGAAGAGCUGCACAGUGUUUUUAAGGAGAAGCGAGUUACUACAAAACUGUAGUACCAUUAGAAACUGAAUUUCUAAAUAAACUUUUUUUUGUUGUCUUAAA